UAUUUCCUGUACAAAUAUACAAACAAGAAGUAUUACAUAUAGAACCAAUAUAUACAAAAGGUAGAAGAGCAAAAGGAAUAGUAGUAACAAAAGUUAAAGAUAUUAGAGAAACAAGUAAAAAACGUAAUCAAACAGAAACAAUUAUAACAAAUACAAUAUCAACUGUAUCAAAUACAUUAAUUUCUUCGAAUAUAUCAACUACAUUACAAUCGGUCUCUUCAAAAAACCUUUCAAAUCCUCAAUUCACUUCUCAAAUUAUUUCAUCAACUAUAAAUGAAGAACGUCCCACAAAAAGAACACGGCAUAUUAAAAUAUCCGAAGAAAUAGAAAUUCUUACUCCAUAUUUAGCUAAUACAAAUCCCACAGAUAAUGAUACAAAUUUAGUAUUAACAUCUUUAUUACAAAUUUCCAAUCAUUGGACCAAAAAGAAG